ACCUUUAAAUAUGUUGGCUCCUGACACUCUUACUUUUGAGAGUCAGAGAGUCAAACAUCUAAAGAUGCCUGUCGACUACAGCGGGACGUGGGACAUUGUCAGCAAUGUCAAUUUUGAGGGAUACAUGGUUGCUCUUGGCAUUGAUUUUGCAACGCGCAAGAUUGCCUCAAUGCUGAAGCCCCAGAAAGUGAUUAAGCAAGAUGGAGAUUGUUUCACCGUCAGGACAUUCACAACUUUCAGAAAUUACGAGAGUUCAUUCAAAAUUGGUGAAGAGGUCAAAGAGGUGACUAAAGGGAUGGACAACAGGUCAUGCCAGACUGUGGUCAACUGGAGAAAUGAUAAGCUGGUGUGUGUUCAGAAAGGAGAAAAGAAGAACCGAGGGUGGACUCACUGGAUUUAUGGAGAUGAGCUUCAUCUGGAACUUACUUGUGAGGAUCAAGUCUGCAAGCAAAUUUAUAAAAGGACUCUGUGAUCUUAUCAGAUUUCAGAGAACUUCAAUCACAGCAUUUUCAACCAAAGACAUUGCAUUAAAAGCAACACAAUGUAGUUUAUAUACUUCAUAGAGAGCAUGCAAUUUGGGCUAAUGUGUGUGAUUAAAUGUAUCCAUGUUGAAGUACCUCCUCCGCACCACACGGUGGUGCUGUAUAUUAAACAUUGAAAUAAACUCGGAAGCUGUUGUUGUAAA